AUGAUUCGAGAUCGCAUUGUUUUUGGUGUGAGAGCGAGAGAUACAUGUACGCGACCGAAAGAAGGACUGCUCCGUGAAUCAGCAGACCUCACACUGGAAAAUGCAGCAACCAUUUGCAGAGCGAGCGAAGCAAGCUCAACUCAAAUACAAGAAUCGGAGGAUUGCGACAAAGAUCUCUUUCAUUUGAUCCAAGGCAAAUUCAAUCAAAGGCGUCCAAAGCCGCCGCACUCUAAACAACUAUUCCACUGUUUGAAUUGUGGGAAUAAAUAUCUUCCAAAAUCUUGUCCUGCUUUUGGACGGCUUUGCCUCGUAUGUAAAGGAAAAUAUCACUUCGCCAAAAUGUGUCCUAUAAAAUGUGUCCUCCGUGUACGCGCAGUCAAUCCGAGUGAUCAAGGCGCCAUCGGUGGAGACGGGUCUGACGUUCAAUCAGCCGAUGUUCAGGAAUUGUUUAUCGGAACGGUGACUAGUACACUGCGUUUCGAACCCGCGUGUCUUCUUGCGUGUUGCUCUUUUAUCCAGAUAAUGGAAGUAAGCUAUACCUUCAAUUAUAAUUUUGUUUCUUUCAAUUUAACUUUCAGGCAUAACGACCAAAUUCGAAAAAUUGAUACCAAAGACGAGCAACUGAAAGAGUGGGUUACAAGCUGCGCUCAACUUAAAGAAAAGUACGAGGCUCUCCUAGCAGAUAAAGAGAAAGAGCUGAAUCUAGUGACAACCAGCUGUGCUGAACUUAAAGAAAAGUACGAUGCGUUCCUGGCAAAUAGGGAAAAAGAACUAACUCUUGUUACAACCAGUAAUAACAAAUUGGGUCAGGAACUUCGUGCCAAGGAGGAGCAAGUGAAAGAGUAUAUAGCAGGGUGCAACCAACUUAAAUUUAGUCUGGCAAAUAAAGAUGAAGAACUGAAAGGAAUGAAAACAAGUAAUAACGAAUUGGGUCAGGAACUUCGUGCCAAGGAGGAGCAAGUGAAAGAGUAUAUAGCAGGGUGCAACCAACUUAAAUUUAUUCUGGCAAAUAAAGAUGAAGAAUUGAAGGGAAUGAAAACAAGGCUGGCUUAUCUCAGCGAAAAACAAGUGAAGAAAGACCAGAGGAAGGUUGAGGACACUACUGCUUCCAAUAGGCCGUCGGACGUGGAGAAAGACUUCGCUCUAUUUUUGGACGAAGAUAGAAUGGAUGCAUUUGAUACAAUGCAAGAAGUAUAUGGAUCCGAAGAGGAAAUAGACGUCAGUAUUUCUUACCCACGACUAGCAUGCAUCAUAUUUGAGGCAUCCUACGAACAGACGAAGGAGACAAAAGAAGCAGCGCUUGAUCUGUUUAAGGGUAUAAUUGCAACUAUGAUUAACAGAGCUCCGAUAAUGGGACAAAAGUUUUCCUCAAGUGUAAAGAAGAAAAGAUUGCUUUACGAUACCCUAUUUAGCGAAACGGAGAGCAACCCGGAAUCGGAAUACCCCACCGAUGUCCUUGAUGCUCUCGUGCUUUCAAUGAAAGAAAAUGCACACAAAUGCAACCUCGAGUCCUUGGAACAAGAUGUAAGGGAAAAAAUAAAGGAAAAGUGGCAUUUAUGGCUAAGCAAGGACAAAUCAUGUCAUUUCCCAUUCACCAACUCCCUUCUUAGGAAACUCAGUGACUACAUCAAGGCGUGCAUCCGACUGACGUGGCGAAUGGUUACCCAGGUUCCACCCAUGCAACUCGAGUACCAGUCCUCCACGUUAAAAGAUAUUCACAAAAGUCUUGGAUAUCACAGCAGUCCAGACAUGUGUUCAAGGCGCCCUACAAACGGACAAGCCUCAGACAAGGACCUGGAGAUUGCCUGUUACCUAUGGCCUGCCUUGCUAGAUGGAGGAGGAAAACUUAUUCGUGCUGGGGAAGUUCUUUGUAAGGUGAACGUGGAGAACACAGUGAUCUAGAGACUGUCAACAAAAUAUAUUUAGACGUGUGUAUCAUUCAUCGCUCGGGUACAUAAAGCUGUAUGGCAAUGUGUUUGAUAUAAAGCUUCUUUUGUUGUUUAAUUUGUUUUAGCGAAACGGCGUACAAUACGGCAAUAUAUUAGGAAAUAAUCGCCACACAAAUCUCCAACAAGAUUAAUAGGAUAGUAAUUUUAGUUAAUUCUUAAUCAUGCCUAUUGCUGCAGGAAUCUUAGGAACACUGUAGUACCUCGAGACUGAUGAGCGCCGAGGACAUUUUGACAGUAUGAACGAAGCGAUUGUCUAAAAAGGGCACAAAACGAGCUAAUAUGACAGAAUUCAUCUAGGGCGAUCAUGGCCAUGAAGUUACUCAGAAAUAACUAUUAAUUAAGCAAUCAAACGAAAUAUGACCAUAACCAGCAAUUGCAAACCCCGAAUAUGCCCAGAUUCCUGCCUACAGAGUUAGGUUAGUGACCGUGAUGGUCAUAAAUGUUUUUCCAGCCAUCAACAAGUUGGUUGGGAAACAGCUAUUUCAAGGAACAGAUCCGUUGUCUUACCCCUGCAAGUGAGCUGAAUGAAAUGUAUGUAGUAAAUUUGUAGUAAAUGUUUGUCCAAUCUGCUUAGCAAUUGCAAAGUUUAACAUUAUAUUCUUUGUGCAAUAGACCUUUUCACGGUUUCUGACACCAUCUAGCUUGGGGGGUAAACACAACAACAAUUACAGUAAAUGUAUGGGAAAAAUUAAAAGUUCCAUGCCCAAUAAAUUGAGAGUGUUUGACUUUCUUAGUAUUUUAUCAGUUACAAGGAAAAGAUCACCAGGAGAAGGUUUUUUUGGGAACGAGUAUGAAGAAUAUAGAUUUUCUGCUGGGCGAGACAUUGCACUUUUAAUUUCUCAUAUAAAAGUCUAAAAUUUCCCGCGAAUUGCGACUCGGUUUUACAGACAAAUGUUUAGAAAAAUGCAAACCUUAAUCAUGGCUUUUCUAGCCAGGCUAUUUCCCUCAAAUGUGAUUUGUAAACUCUUUUACCUUGUAUUUUUAGUUUUUAAUUCAUAAAUGUUUCAGAACUCAAAUUUUCCGGGAGUUGUUAGACUUAAGAUUCCCCAUUUUCCCCAGACAUUUACUGUAAUUUUUGCCAUAUUUGCCCCCAAAUAAGAUAGCGUCAGAAACCGUGAAAAGGCGAGCAGAAGAAUUUGCUGUUUCGUCUCGGAAACUUAUCGACCUGAUUUGAAAGCUUAGCCCGGCUUACGUUUUGUAUCAAACUGAACUUUGCACGGCGUUUACUAUAGGUAUAGUCGCAUGAAUGCGAGUGUGAUUAACGAUUUAUACUGCGCGUGAUAUUUGAAAAUAUCUCAAAAUUGCACGAGCCUUCAGGCGAGUGUAAUUUGGAAGAGUUUCCAAAUAUCGCGAGUAAUGUAAAUCCGUGAUUGCGCAAGCUCUUAUACGAUUAAUCAUUUAAUAAUACACAUGAAAAAAUUACUCGAUUCCAGUGCAAAAAGUGUAACACCAGUGCA